AUGUCGACGUCAGGAUCAUCAAAUGCUUCUGAAAGAUCUACACAAACUAAUAAUUAUGCUAGCAACUCAGAAAAAAUUAAUUCUGCUCGAGUAACUACACCCGCUACUAGUAGCACUAAUCCUGGAUCAUUAGAAGAACUGCAUCGGAAAUGUCGGGAGGUAUUUCCAAUGUGCUUUGAUGGAGCGAGAAUGAUGCUCACCAAAGCAUUGUCUUCACAUUUUCAGGUUACUCAUACGUUAAGCAUAUCUCCACAAAAUACGGGAUACCGUUUUGGUGCUACGUAUGUCGGGUCAAAAACAACACAACAAGAAGGGGAAAGUUUUCCAGUGCUUUUGGCUGAUACUGAUAUUUCUGGCAACACUUCUGCAACGUUUUUACAUCAGUUUGCUGAUCGCUGGAGGGUUAAAAUACAGGCUCAAUCACAGGGGAAUAAGUUAGCUACCACCCAAGGAGGAAUUGAAUAUCGUGGACGCCUCUCAACUCUAGGUCUUACAUGUGCAAAUAUCGACAUAAUCCAUGAUUCGGGAAUUUUUGUAGCACAGUAUUUGCGACGCUUAACCAAGAAGCUAGAUCUAGGUGUUGAAUUUAUUCAUCACUAUGGGAUUCCGACUUCUGGAAGGCAGCUUUCAGUCAUCAACUACCAAGCAAGAUAUACGGGUAAGAAUUUCAUUGCUAGUGGAAUGUUCAGUCUAGAUGCCCUACAUCUGUGUUACUACCACAAGCAGCGUGAUAAUAUUUCAUGCGCUGUCGAAUUCGAAAGUUCUACUCGAUCUGGAGAAGCAGUAACUACCAUUGGCUAUCAGGCUGAAUUACCUGAAGAAGGUGUGGUAAUGAGAGCAUCAAUCAAUACUGACUGGUCAGUUGGAGCUGUAUUUGAGAAAAAACUAUCCAGGAAUUUGCCGUUCACUUUGGCAAUAUCUGGAAUGCUUAAUCAUGUGAAAGCUCAAGGGAGAUUUGGUGUUGGCCUUAUAAUCGGUUGA